CAGCCAGCCAGGCUGCUUCCCCCGCGCGCGGUGCAUUGUGGGGGCCCAGCCUUGAAUAACCCAGCUCUGGCCCGAGGAAGGAAGGGGCCCCGAGGGGCUGCUCUUCGCCUUCUCCUCCUCCUCCGCCAUUUUCUGGGCUUCUGAGGCCCCUGGGCGAGGAUGACCCCGCUCCUCCUGGCUUCCCUCUCGCUCUCCCUGGCGCUGGUUCCCGGGACUUGGGGCUUCUCCCCGGACAGCGACUUCACCUUCACGCUCCCCGCCGGCCGCAAGGAGUGCUUCUUCCAGCCCAUGCAGAGGGAGGCCUCGCUGGAGAUCGAGUACCAGGUUCUAGAUGGAGCAGGUUUAGAUGUUGAUUUUCAGCUGGUAUCACCAAAUCAUGAAACCUUAGUUUUUGAACAGAGAAAAUCUGAUGGAGUCCACACAGUGGAAACAGAAGAUGGCGAUUAUAUGUUCUGCUUUGACAACACAUUCAGCACCUUGUCAGAGAAGGUGAUUUUCUUUGAGUUGAUCUUAGAUAACAUGGGAGAUGAAGAGCAAGAAGACUGGAAGAACUAUAUUACUGGCACUGAUCUUUUGGAUAUGAAGUUAGAAGAUAUUCUGGAAUCUGUCAACAGUGUGAAGUCCAGGCUGAGCAAAAGCAUCCACAUUCAGACUUUGCUCAAAGCAUUUGAAGCUCGUGACAGAAACAUACAAGAAAGCAAUUUUGACAGGGUAAACUUCUGGUCCAUGGUUAACCUGGCAGUAAUGGUUGUAGUGUCAGCUGUUCAGGUGUACAUGCUGAAGAGCCUUUUUGAAGACAAAAGGAAAAUUAGAACUUAACAUCAUAAUGUCAGAGCAACGAACAAGGGAAAAUGCAAUACACUGCUAAAGGAAAGGAGAUGGCUGGUACUUCCUCACUUGUUUUGAAUGGACAAAUGUGAGCAGAGUGCCUUUCUUUGCUCCAAAAAUUACAAAUUUUAGCCAUUACAUGUAAACGAAGACUUGUCUGAAUUGCCUUGACCAUCUUAUCUUGCAAAAAUUACUUGAGGAUGUUUAAAUUUUUACUAUUUGCCAUAUUUCUAUAUACACGUUGUCUUAACUACUGUCAGCCUAAAUAAGAUUUUUAAAAAUACAAAAUAUUUGGUUCAUAGUUAUGAACAGAAGAUGUC